AUGAACCAGUACUUGUCCAACGCUGCUUUUGCACUUCAACUGGCAGCUUUUGCCAUGCUUUUUGGUGGAGAUGCCAUUUGCACAGCCAUGAAGGUGCCAAAGCCGGAGUUCCUGUCAGCGAUGCAAGAGAAUAGGAUGAUGGCAGGGAUGGGAAUCUGGCUUGUGGGAAACAUGCUCUCUGCACAACUUCUCAACACUGGUGCCUUUGAAAUUCAGCAUGGAGACAAGCUUGUGUGGUCGUCACUUGAAACCAAGAGGUUGCCGACCAUGGUUGACCUAAAGCGUGCUUUUGAACAGACUGGUGUGGAGUUCAUCCAGCUGCGCGAUCCAGACGCGUAG